AUGGCAACAUACAAAUAUGUCAAUGGAAAAAGUGUAGGAAUUGUCGGUUGUCCAUUCAGCGGCGGUCAGCCUAAAGAUGGAGUUGAUGACGGACCAUUAAAAAUCAUUGAAUAUGGCCUAAUAGACCAACUUCAGGAAAUGGGGUGGGAUGUAGAAUUUGAAGGACAUCAUAGGCUUACAGACCUUCGACCGGCUGAUGAUCCUAGUAUAGGAAAGCUCAAGAGACCUCGUUACGUUUCUCGGGUAACUCAAACCGUAGCCAAAACUGUAGAAUCACAUCUUAGGAAACGUCAAUUGGCACUGACUUUAGGGGGAGAUCAUAGUCUAGCUCUUGGAACAGUAACUGGUACCUUGGCAGUUCACCCGAACGCUUGCCUUAUCUGGAUUGAUGCCCAUGCAGAUAUCAAUACUCCUGAGACAACGGACUCUGGUAACUUUCAUGGUUGUCCAGUAUCCUUUUUGUUAGAUAUCGCUGGUAAAAUACCAGGGUUUGAAUGGGUUAGGCCUUCACUCACGCCCGAUAGGCUCGUAUACAUUGGGCUACGAGAUGUUGAUCCUCCAGAGAAAAAGAUUUUAAAACAAUACGGAAUAAAAGCGUUUUCUAUGCACGAAGUUGAUAAGUACGGCAUUGGUAGGGUCGUAGAAAUGGCCCUUGACGCGGUAAAUCCUAAUCGGGAUCGUCCUAUUCAUCUUAGCUUUGAUGUUGAUGCAUUGGAUCCUUCUGUAGCUCCAAGCACAGGUACUCCCGUUCGUGGCGGUUUAACUUUUAGAGAAGGUCAUUAUAUCUGUGAAGCAAUACAUGAGACUGGUCUCCUUGUUUCGGUUGAUUUAAUGGAGGUGAAUCCCUGGCUUGAAGAUGAAGCAAGCGUUUUUGAAACGAUAACAGUUGGCUGUUCUUUAGUUCGAUGCUGUUUAG